CUCUCUCUCUCUCUCUCUCUCUUCUUCAGUAUUGCUCCAUCGUAUCGUUUUAACUACUUUAUAUUUUUUUGGAUUCUUCAAAAAAAGAUUUCAUACACCUUUAAUAUUCGUUAAUCAAAAUGGCCCCCGAAAACAUGAGCAUAUCUGUAAAUGGGCAAUCUCAAGUCCCUCCUGGUUUCAGGUUUCAUCCAACCGAAGAAGAACUCUUGCAGUACUAUUUGAAUAAGAAGGUCUCAAAUCAGAGGAUUGAUCUCGAUGUCAUACGUGAAGUCGAUCUCAAUAAGCUUGAGCCAUGGGAUAUACAAGAGAAGUGUAAGAUAGGAACUACACCACAGAAUGAUUGGUAUUUCUUCAGCCAUAAGGACAAGAAGUACCCGACUGGAACACGAACAAAUCGUGCAACUGCUGCCGGAUUCUGGAAGGCAACUGGCCGUGAUAAAGUGAUAUGUAGCAACUCCAGGCGGAUCGGUAUGAGGAAGACCCUUGUGUUCUACAAAGGCCGAGCUCCCCAUGGCCAAAAGUCUGAUUGGAUCAUGCAUGAAUAUAGACUCGACGACAAUAAUACUAGCAAUUGCAAUAUCACUAAUGUACCCACUGUUGUGGGAGAUGCAGCACAAGAGGAGGGAUGGGUGGUUUGCCGAAUUUUCAAGAAGAAAAACCUCCACAAAAUUUUGAGCAGCCCAAUCUUGAGUACAACAUCCAUCACAACAGAAACAAGAAGUGGCCAAUCACUGUUUGAUUCGUGUCCCGAGGGAGCUUUGGAGCAAAUACUUCAAUACAUGGGGAGGACAUGCAAGGAAGAAGAGAAUGAAGCCUACAUUAACAACAAUAGCACAAGAUUUAAUCUCCAACCAAUCAACACAGGCAUUAGUAACACUAGUAAUCACAAUGGCUUCCAUGAAAAGUUCUUGAAACUUCCGACCCUAGACAGCCCAAACUCCACAAGCAGCCAGGAUUGUUACCAACCAAACAUUCAUGAGGGGAUGAUGGUCACAGAGAAUAAUAACAACCCGUUGAGUCCUUUCACUGAUCAUCACCAAAAUAUGGAUUACCAUGCACACCACAUGGACUCAGGAAUCACCAACUGGGCAGCUCUCGACCGCCUUGUGGCUUCACAACUCAAUGGACAAACCGAGACCUCUAGGCAGUUAGCUUGUUUCAAUAUCACUGACCCUUAUGACAACGAUGAUCAUGAUCAUGAACUCCAGUUACCAAGUACCCUACGAGGACCGUUGUCUUCAUCCAACACCUACCAUGCCACACACGACUACAACAAUAGGGAGAUCGACCUGUGGAAUUUCGAUCGACAAUCAUCACCAUUGUCAUCCUCCGACACGCUGUGCCACUUGUCGACCGGGCCUAUAUAACGGAACAACCCAAUAUCAUUUAAUAUCAUAUAAGAAUGUUAUCAGUCCGUCCAAGUCAGCGAAAUAUCUAUUUACAAGCACAGUAGUAUAUAUAAACAUGUAUGUUAGAUAAAUAAAGUUUGUUUUGGAGUUUUAAGUGGGGUGGCAUUGUCAAAGUACCAUUAUAUUCGCUUAAUCACGAUGUCUACUAGUAAUUUUUUCACUAUUCAUGUCUAGAAGCGUAUAUAUAUAUGGCCAAGAGUGGUGACUGUGAGUGGUGUACUACUGCUAGUCUUAGUACUGAUCAUUAUCUCUUUCCAAACGCAAUAAUAAUUCUCACCUUUUUUUUGUUUUUUUUUUUUUUUUUUUUUAUCUUGGAAGAUGAUAUUCAAGUUGGUGAUGGACCAUAUAAUCAUCAUCAUCAUCAUCAAUUAAUCUUCGUGUCACGUGGCUUGUCGGUUUGUUUGUGGAUAUCGACCCCCAUGGCUCAACUUAUCAAUCCUCUCGUCACUAUAACGCAAGGGUUCAUGUACAUGAUCACGACUCACUUGCUAGAUAGAGAGAGAGAGAGCGUUGCCCUACUUUUAAGAAGUCAAAAGGUGAUUGAAUUUUUUUUUUUUUUU